AUGGCCGACGAGAAACCCAAGGAAGGAGUCAAGACCAAGAACAACGACCAUAUGAAUUUGAAGGUGGCGGGGCAGGAUGGCUCUGUGGGGCAGUUUAAAAUUAACAGGCAUACACCACUUAGUAAACUGAUGAAAGCCUAUUGUGAACGACAGGGUUUGUCAAUGAGGCAUAUCAGAUUCCGGUUUGAUGGGCAGCCAAUCAAUGAAACAGACACACCCGCACAGUUGGAAAUGGAGGAUAAAGAUAUGAUUGAUGUGUUCCAGCAGCAGACAGGAAGUGUCUACUAA